AUGACUUGUAAGCUUGCAGUGAAUGACCAGAUUUUACUUACUCUCAUGAGGCUUAGGUUAGGGUUGUUGCUUGUAGAUCUCGCAUUCCGCUGCCAGGUCUCUGUAGGUUUGGCAAGCAAGAUUUUCAAGUUUUGGAUUCAAGUACUUGCAGAUAUUUCGCGCAAGUACCUGGUUAUGUGGCGACCACAAGAGACGAUAGCCUCAACACGUCCGUCAGUGUUCGCAGAUUUCCCACGUACAACAUGCAUAAUCGACUGUUUCGAAAUAUUUGUUGACAGGGCACAAAACAUGCUAAAGAGAGGGCGGACGUACAGCCCCUACAAAAGUCACAAUACAGCCAAAGUUCUCCAUGUGAUCGCACCAAAUGGCUUUAUAAUGUUUAUCUCAAAAGCCUACGGAGGCCGUGCAAGUGACCGGUUCAUAACCUCAGACUCUAGGCUGCUGAGAUAUCUUCUGCCAGGGGAUCAAAUCUUAGCAGAUAAAGGCUUUACCAUUGAAGACAUGCUGCCUUAUGGAGUUAAACUGUCACUUCCUUCAUUCAGAAAGCAGAAAAAGCAGCUCUCGGAUGCUGAAGUGGUUUACUCGCGUCGCUUGUCUAAACUGCGCAUUCAUGUAGAAAGGUCCAUAAGCCGCGUGAAGUGUUUUCGGUUUUUGAAGUAUAUACCCUCGUCAAUCUUUGCAAGAAGCAAUUGUAUUGACAACACCUUGACUGUCAUCGCAGGGAUCUGCAAUCUGCAGCCAUCGCUUAUUAAGGAAGACUGA